AUGGCGGUGCCGUUGAUGCAUUUCCAACGACACCGGGCAACGGUUUCUUUGCAUUUCCUUUGUAUCCCGUUGAUGGUCAUUCCAAUGUUGCCGGGCAUCGGUUCUGCACUCAUUUUCUUUGUAUCCCGUCGAAUGGACAUUCUCGAUGUUGCCGGCAGCGGUUCUGCAUUCUGCAUCUCUUUGUAUCCCAUGCUUCUCCUCGAGCGAUGUGGGCGGCGAAAUUCGGACUCUGCAACCUCCUCGUGGUGCCGCCUGGGAACCUAUCCUUUUCAGUGA